AUGCCCAAGCCGGCGCGGAUCGAGUGUUUUCAGCAGUACAAGGAGCCUCGGGCGCAUGCUCUCUCUUCUUCGCAUGCGUGGUUGGCGCGCGAUCGCUCCAAUGAUGAGGUUAGGCGCCAUGGUCGUCCCUCGUUGGGCCUGCUUGCUGGAUAUGCAAAGGAGCACUCUGGCAUCGGGUACAACCAGGCCGCCGAGCAUGCUCACUGCGUCCUGGCAGCGCUUGCCGGCUCACCUCUGUGCCUUCCCCCGCGGCAGGAGAAGCUGCUCGUCGGCGCGGGCAUUGCCUGGCGGUACAACUUCAACCUCGGCGGCCUCGUCUGGCCGCCGCUGCGCAACUCCGGUCUCGAGUCGGGCAAGAUUUUGCACAAUGUCGACGUCUGCGCCUACAUCGCUCGGAUGGGCGGCGUGCCGCGCAAUCGCGUGUGCCACCGCUCGCCCCGUAUCGGCACCUCCACCAACCUCACCCUCUAUGAGGGGUCCCUCUCCUCGGCGAACGACUUCUCGCUGCCCGCGCUGCUGAGCGACGACUUUCUCCGCGCGGUGCGGUGCACCUUUCGGCCGCGCCUCGCGCCGCUUGCGCGGUUCUGGGGCUCGAGGCGGCCGACCGUGGCGCUGCAUGUGCGGCGCGGGGACGUGCACACCUCCAACUCGCGCGUCGCAAGGUCGGUGUACACGCAUCACUACGUCGCCGAUUCCGCGUACCUCGACAUCAUCGGCGUGGUGCUGCGGCGCUACCCGUCGGCGGACGUGCACGCGCACUUUGCGACGGCCGAUGUCUUUGUGAUGGGGAGGAGCUGCUUCUCGUUGCUGCCCGCGCUGCUCGACCCGAACUGCGUCGUCGCGACGGUGCACGGCUCGAACAAGAUGACGGACGAGGCGCUCGUCCGCGCCGUGCCGCACGGGAUGGCGCUGUCGGUCGGGCGGGCGGGCGAGGAGAGGUGGGUGGGCGGAGAGGCGCGCGAGGUUGGCGUGUGCAUCGUGGCUUGCGCAAAGUCUGCGGGCGAGCGCUGGUGA